UCCCUCCUCACAGGGCCCACGCGCGGCUUUCGGCCCCUCUAGGGGACAGCCAUGUCUCAGGAAGGGGCCGCCAAGGGCCCCCGCACGGAGGGGCCCGUUCCCCGCCCCCGACGCAGCGGCGGGCUUUUCCGGAAGGACGCGGAGGAAGCGGGCUCCGCGGCGGGCCUGGCGGCACACCUGCGGGGGCCGAGCCCCGGGGCCCGCGCUUCGGCCGGCGGGAGGCGGCGGGCGCUCGGGGAAGAGGCCCGCCGAGGCGCCAGCUCCCCGGCCGAGGGCGCGCCCAGGGCCGGCGCGAAGGCCGAGGCCGACUUGGUGGUGCUGGACCUGCCGGUGGCGGGACAGAGCCGGGGCCCGGGGCCUGGCCCCGGGCUCCACACCCAGCUGCCCCCCGCGCCUGCUCAGGGACGGCCUCCGGCCUCUAAGAGGCCCCAGCUUUCUCUGCACAGCAUCUUAGACGAAGACUGGGCCAGGAAUCUUUGCAGCGGGUCUGUGGGCCUCCCAGACAGAGCCCUGGCUGGCAGGGAGCGGCCAGCGGAGGCGGAGAAGGCGAGCUGCCCCCGGCCCAGGGCGGCUGGAGCAGGUGGGCGUCCUCCAGGGUGUGAUGGGAGGAGCCCCCACACGGAACCGCCACCCUCACUAGGCUCAGCCCCUGUUCGGGCGAGAGUUGAGGCCUGCUCAGAGGACGGGGAGGGGGCUGGUCAGAGCCCUGGUGGGGGCAACCCCCAGUGGGUGGGAGACCCCCCAGGAGCUGACCUGGAGUCCUGGGGAGGCCCCUGCAGUCCUCUUCCUCCCAAGGAUACGGCUGGGCCAAGAGAUUCGGAUGGAAGUUGUGUGGGAUGUGCCUCAGGGACUGAGUUCCGAUAUUUGCCCGAGGCGGAGCAUGGGGCCCAACCAGGCAGCCCCUACGGCCCUGUCCAGUUCCCGCUGCCCAGUGGCGGGCUGUCCCGCAGGCCAGCCGCCCAGGAUCCGCCCCGGAGCCCCGCACCGUGCCCGGGAGUGUCUGGGAAGGCGUCCGCAGGGCAGCGGGCAGCUGAGCAGGUCGUCGUGGGGGCUGGCGGUGAGGAUGCCUGCUGCCUCCACAACCAGGAGGAGCUGGAGGUCAAGGCUUGGCCAGUGCCCCUGGGGAGGCCCGGGCAAGGACUCCCUGCUCUCACUGACGCCCCUGCCGGCUCCCCAGAGUCUGCAGCCAGCGAGGCUCGCUCAGGUCCAUUCGUGGGGCAGAGAAGAUCCAAGUGUGCUAAGCUGGGGAGGGGCCCAGCGCCCCCCGCCGAGGACCGGGCCACGGACAGAAGCUCCGACAACCUCAGCCACGACCCGCCGGCAGCAUCCCGCCCAGGAGGCUUCCCCAAACUGGAGGAAACAAAGAUGCCCCGCGGAGUGAAGCGUGUGUGCUACCUGGAUUCUGGGGAGGUGAUCCACCUCCUGGGGGCCAUCAGCCACGGGCAGGCAGCGGGGUCGCGGCCGCUGAAGUUGGAGGCCCUGGAGAACAUGAUGGAGAUCAGCGCAGCCUCACCUGCCCAGAGGCCCAGGAGGAAGAUAAGGCGCCAGGCCCACGGCCCCACUUGGUGCCAGGAGGGGCUUCCUGUUCAGGAGGCCCGUGCAGAGUGGCCAGGGGUGAGUGCGUCUGCCCCUGUCACACAGCCUCCUUCAGGGAGAAUGUGGGAGAGGGGUCCAGUGGAGUCUGAAGAGGAGGAGCCCGAGGAACAGGACUGGGAAGAGGACUCAGCUCAGCUUCAGCUCCAAAAGGACAUUGGGGUACGGCACACUGUGGUCCGCGUCAUGCGGAAGGUGCUGUGGAGUCGCCUCCGGGAGCUCCCAGACGUGGCGCUGAGUAAGGAGGUGGUAGAGGGCAUCGCUGCUGGCAUCGAGGCAGCUCUCUUCGACCUGACACAAGCCACCAACUGCCGCUACAAGACCAAGUACCGCAGCCUGCUGUUCAACCUGCGCGACCCCAGGAACCCCGACCUGUUUCUCAAAGUGGUUCAUGGAGAUGUCACCCCCCACGGCCUGGUGCGGAUGAACUCAAUCCAGCUGGCCCCCCAAGAGCUGGCCCGCUGGCGGGACCAGGAGGAGAAAAGGGGCCUGGAGAUCAUUGAGCAGCAACAGAGGGAGCUGUGCAUCCUUCCGACCUCCAAGCUGACCCACAAGGGUGAAGUCGAGAUCCUGCGGGACACGGACCAGAUGCUGACCCUGGAGGACCUGGUGAGACCCAUGCUGUCCAUAUACUGCAGCCCAUUGGCCCUGCCUGCCAUGUCAGAGGACUCCACAGAGCAGCAGGAGGAACCCCCAGAGCAGCAGGACCCCACGGAGCAGCAGGAGGAACCCCCAGAGCAGCAGGAGGAACCCCCGGAGCAGCAGGAGGAACCCCCAGAGCAGCAGGACCCCACAGAGCAGCAGGAGGAACCCCCAGAGCAGCAGGAGGAACCCCCAGAGCAGCAGGACACCACAGAACAGCAGGAACCCACAGAGCAGCAGGAACCCACAGAGCAGCAGGACCCCACAGAGCAGCAGGAGGAACCCCCGGAGCAGCAGGACCCCACGGAGCAGCAGGAACCCACAGAACAGCAGGAGGACCCCACGGAGCAGCAUGAGCACCACUUCUUCGACCCCAGCUGCCACAUCUGCAAAGACUGGAAGCCCUCGUGUGAGCUGCCAGGCUUCUCCAAAGCCGACAGGAGGGUGGAGGACAAUGUCAUCCAGAGAGCCCCAAGCCCAGACCCUGUGUCCUCUCCAGAGAUUCCCCAAAUCUCGGAGACACCUCCCAUGGAGCCCCCGGACAGGCUGCAGGUGUCUGCAGGGCCCACAAAGCCCCCCUGGGAGGGGGCUGUGGCCAUGUUCUCCAUCAAGCAGUUCCGGGUCAAGGCCCAGCUGGUCUCAGGACACAGCUGUCAGCUCAUCAUGACCCUGCCCGAGGUGAUCCGCUCAGCAGGCUGCAUCCCCUCCAGCACCAUCUGGAACCUUCUGGCUAGCGUCUGCCCAGCCAAGGCCAAGGACGCCUGUGUGGUCAGACUGUGCCCCCAGGGGGCUCGGGACACCCAGAACUGCCGCCUGCUCUACUCCUACCUCAACAACAAGCAGUGCCAUGGCUUGGCAGCGGUGGAACACGCGAGGGUGGUCCUGCUGCCCCUGCCUGCCUUCCAGCCCCUGCCCACCAGACUGCGCCUUCUUGGAGGCCCAGGCCUGGAAGCCGCUCACCCAAGCCUGCUGCUGGCUGUGCUGCUCCCCACAGCAGGGUUUCCGGACACAGCGGAAUCCAGCCCCUUGCUGGAGAAGGUUCGCAAGGUGGUCUCCUUCAACAAAAAAGUGGAGAUGAGAUGCUACCAGCGGAAGGACAGGAGGCCGGAUGUGGCCCCGAAGGGCUCCCCUCCCCCAGGGGGCAAAGGCAGCCUGGCCCCAAGGGGAAGCUGUGCUGGGCAGAAGCCCUCUAGAGGCAGGGGGAGACUGUGGGAAGAGCCUGAGACCUGGCGGGGGCCUGGACGAGGGGAGUGGCCCACAAGACCAGGCUGGUGCCAGUCCCGGCAUCCCUCUUCAGCACCAGCUGGCCGGGGCCAGCACCUCCACAGGGCAUCCUGUCCCCAGCAAGCCCUGCUCCAGCAUCUUGAAUCCCUGGUGACAAUGAGCCGCCAGCUCCAAGCCUCCCUGAGAUCCCCAGGCCAGGAGCUCCUUCCCCCGUCCCCUGCAGCCGGUGGAAUCCUUGGGCUCCUAUGCCAGCCUCCGGCAGCUCCAGAGCCCCCUGGCCCAGCCCCCGACUCCUCUUUGGGCCCAACAGAUGGAGCUGGCUCUGAGUGUCCGCUCCCUGGAGAGGCCUGACCCUAGAAGAGGGCCUUUGACUCCCUCCCCAGUGCUGAACCCUGAGCUGUUCCAGGGACAUAUGGGGGCAGAGGAAGGGGAGGGCCAGCUCAACCCACCCGCCCCUUUUGAGUUUCAUGUUUUGCAAACUGUUUAGUGUUGAUUUUUGGUUCAAUAAAGAUUUUGACGAAGUUGA